AUGGCAGUAAUUCUGCAGUCCAUAGGCUCCUCUCUGCUCACUCUCGAGCUGAAGCUCUUCAAACAGCUGCACUUCCUGCCGUCCGUCCCCAGCGCUCCUCUCACCCUUCACCACCGCGCACAACUCCCUGUAUCCCCCGCUUCACUCCCCACGACCUCAUCUGUACCGCCAUCAGCGGCAGCUGCUGCAGCAGAAGAUACCAUAUCGACAGUGGUGCAGUCAGGAUUGGGAUUAUCAAUGCAGUUUGAUCAAGCAUCAGCAGCGGCGGCGGCAGCAUUCAAAGGGUGGGCGUCAGAAUCAGCCGCAUGCGUCGCGGCAAGAGCAGCAGCACGGAUGGAGGAGGCCAUGGGUCCAUUGUCAUUGAGAGCACUCACAACUGCAUGUCUUCCUCUCAUCGCCCGUUAUUGUCACAAGUUGAAUUUCCUGGAGCUGCUGACGUGGAACGAUUACCCGCUCGGUGCUUCUCUAUUUGCUGGAUUUGCUGACGUGGCGGUUGAGCAGCUGCUGGUGGCGUGUCCUCGCUUGGAGGUGCUGCGGUUGGAUAAGGGCUUUCAUGUGAGCAUGUGUGUGGUGAUGCAGGCACAUCCCCGUGUUGUGAUAGUGGAUAAUAAAACACAGCACUGUGAAGAGGAGGAAGAGGCGGCGAUGGUGGAGGACAUUGAGGAAGAAUUGAAACUCGAGGGUUUUGGCAAGGGGAAGGGUUUGGCAGAAGCAGAGGAGGAGGACGAUGAGGAAGAAGGGGAGGAGGAAGAUGAGGGCGAGGAGGACGAGGAGGAUGACGCGGAUGAGGCGGAUGAGAAGGAUAAUGUUAAAGCGGCGGGCGGCGGGAAGGAGAGGGCGUUCAGCGACGAGAAUCAGUCGUGGCUGAAGGAGAGGGAGGCGGAGGCAGCAGCACCGCCGGACCUGUCGGUCAUUCAGAAGCGGAUCAACGACAUCGUGCGCGUGUUGGGCAACUUCUCCAAGCUGCGCGCGGAGGCGGUGCCGCGCGCGGCGUACGUGCGGCAGCUGGCGGCGGACCUGGCGCUCUUCUACGGCUACAAUGACUUCUUCAUGGACGCGCUCAUGCAGAUGUUCCCAGUGGCGGAGGUGAUGGAGUUUCUGGAGGCGAGUGAGAAGCCUCGCCCGGUGACCAUCCGCACCAACACCAUCAAGGCGCGCCGCAGGGAGCUCGCUGCUGCGCUCAUCAACCGCGGAGUCAACCUCGACCCGCUCGGGCCCUGGAGCAAGGUGGGCCUGGUGGUGUAUGAGUCGCAAGUGCCGGUGGGAGCAACGCCCGAGUACAUGGCAGGCCACUACAUGUUGCAGAGCGCGGCGUCGUUCCUGCCAGUCAUGGCGCUCGCACCGCAGGAGAAGGACGUGGUCGUCGAUGUUGCUGCUGCGCCGGGUGGCAAGACGACGUAUGUGGCAGCGUUGAUGCGAAAUACAGGCAUGGUGUUUGCAAACGAGCUGAAGCAGCCGCGCCUCAAGUCACUAAUAGCCAACAUUCACCGCAUGGGUGUCACCAACACCACCGUCUGCUCCUAUGACGGCCGCCACCUGCCCAAGCUACUGGGACUCAACUUUGCUGACCGUGUGUUGCUGGAUGCACCCUGCUCCGGCACAGGGGUGCUAUCAAAAGACUCAUCGGUCAAAGUGAGCAAGACAGAGGCUGACAUUCUCAACUGCUCGCAUCUGCAAAAGGAGCUGAUACUAGCAGCCAUUGACAUGUUGAGUUCGGACUCGCGCAAUGGAGGGGGCUACCUUGUCUACUCCACGUGCUCCAUCAUGGUUGCCGAGAACGAGGCAGUGGUGAACUACGCGUUGAAGAAGCGAGACAUCAAGGUGGUCCCGUGCGGACUCGACUUCGGCCGGCCCGGGUUCACCAAGUUCAGGGAGCACCGGUUCCACCCAUCGCUGGCACACACACGGCGAUUCUACCCACACGUGCACAACCUGGACGGCUUCUUUGUUGCUAAGAUCAAGAAGAUUAGCAGCAAGAAGAAAGACGAGAAGGACAAGGACGAGGAUAAGGCAGGCGGGGAAGAGAAAGAGUCAGGGGAAGAGGAGGCGGGAGAAGUGGAGGAAGAUGCAGAGGAUGCUGAGGAGGAAGAAGCAGGAGAGGUUGAAGAAGAGGACAUGGAGGAGGGUGAAGAGGGGGAGGAGGGAGAGGAGGGGGAGGAAGGUGAGGAGGGGGAGGAGGGUGAGACUAAAGCGAGUAAGAAGGGGAAGAAGAAGCGGGUGAGUGGGUCCCAGGAAAGCUCGGUGUAUUUUGAUGCUGCCAAGGCAAAGGAAGCGACUGUGGAUCAGAUGGAGAAGCGGCGGCAGCAGCAGAACGCGCGCAAGGACAAGAAGGAGGAGAAGCGGCGGCGCAAGCAGCAUAUGCUCAAAGAGAAACUUAAGGCACAGGCGAGUCCGCUGCAGGAGUGGUACGCGGAACUGCAGCGCCCGUGGUUCCAGCCACCCGAUUGGCUCUUCGGCGCCACGUGGUCGAUCCUGUAUCCAAUCAUGGGCGUCGCGUCGUUCCUCGUGUGGCGCGAGGGCGGAUGGGCGGCGCAGAGGGGACCGCUGUUGCUGUAUGGAACGCAACUGCUGGUGAAUCUGGCGUGGCCUGUCGUGUUCUUUAAGAUGCACAGGAUUGGUGCCGCGCUGGGAGUCAUAGAGCGUGGGAACUGGGGAAGCGUCGUGAUGAGCAGGGCUUUGCCUUUUGUUCUGGGGAGACCGGCUGCUGCUCAUGCUGCUACUAACCGUGCAGCUACUGCGUCUCUUUCUUGCAAGCAGCAGCGCAAACGGCAGCGGCAGCAGGACGUGGUGGUUCGACAGUCGGAGUACAAGGGGUACUCGCUCGGUGCACUCAACAUUGCUUCUGUGGGCACAGGGAAACCCAGGGGGAGUCAUGCCACAGGUGUGACAGGCAAUAGCAGUACUGACAGGGACUCUGCUGGUGCAUCAGGAGCUGUUGCCGACUUAGUUGGAGCUACGGCUGGAGCUGUUAGUCGCGUGCCGCGUACGUCUCUCCGUGCAUUGGCGGUGGUAGGUGCGGCGUUUUACGCCAUGGCGGAUGGUGCGCAUUUGUGGGGGGGUCACGAAACGCUGGCCGCGGAUGAGCCGGGGGGGGAGGGACUGUGCGGGGAUGGCGGACAUGAAGCCGUCGCGUUGGCGGAAGGCGUAGGGGCGAGGACUCACGUCUGCGAGACAGGCGCAGGGAUCGGCGCGGAAGAGGUGGUGGCGGAGGGGGGAAUCGGCGGAGAUUUAGCGGAGUAUCUUUGCGGGGCCGCGGAACCAGAGGCGGUCGCGAUGAAUCCGAUGAAUGCGAUCAACGCGAUGAGCGACGACGAGAUGUGGCGGGAUGAUUACGCGGCUGCUGCUGCUGAGUGCAUGGCUUUCGACGGAUCGCUUGCGGACGCCAUGGCUGCUGCGGGCUUAGCGGCAGAUGUUCUGGGUAAAGACGAGAUUGUUUCACAUGCUAUGGGGACUGGCCGUAUGGGUACAGAUGAAAUCGGUAGAGAGGUGUUUGAUACGGUGGCUGCGGUAGCGGCACACGGAAUGGGAGACGGAGUGGUUACAGCUGGAACAGUUGUGAAUGAAGCUGUUGCUGAGGAAAUGAUGAUACACGCUAUUGCGACAGAUGGAAUCGUUACGGAUGGAAAUGUUGCAGGGGGGACAGCGACAGAUGAAGCAUUCGCAGUCGCAAUGGUCGACGGAGCAGCUACAGACAGAGUGGUUACAGACGGAGAGGUUACAGACGGAGAGGCUACAGACAGAGCGGCUACAGACGGAGCGGCUACAGACGGAGCGGCUACAGACGGAGCGGCUACAGACGGAGCGGCUACAGAUAACACAGCAACCAACGUUACGGGCGCACAGCACUUACCAGCAGGGACGAUGGAAGGCGCGGGUGGAGAGGCCGGUGCUGGAGCUGAUUGUCUUAUUGUUAAGGCGCCGCAAGGGGCGAUAAGAGAGUCGAAUGAAGAGGCAGGUGCAGGGGCCGAGGGGAAGGGCGGCAGUGGGAGAAGCGAUGCUGCCAACCCUAGAGUUGAGGUUCAUAAUGGGGUCGAUCCUUGCCAUUACGGUGCGGAGGCUAGUAAUAGCGUUGAUAACGGUGCAGAAGAGAUGGGAGCGAUAGGAAAUAAGAUGGAGGAGAAUUAUUUAGCGGAGCAUGAUUCAGUGGGGAAAGAUAUGGUGGGGAGGAGAGUGAUGAUGAACGUGAGUGGGCAUGGCACGGGCGAGAAGACGGAUGAAGGGGGCGAGAUGGGAAGGGGAAGUGGUGAGAACGAGGAGAGGGAGGAGAAACGGGAUGAGAAGGGGGAAGAGGAAAGGAAGGACGAGGAGGAGGUGGAGGAGGAUGAGGAGGGAGAGGAGGUGGAUGUGGUGGGGUGUGACGAGGUAGGAGGAGGGGCGAGAGUGGAGGAGUGUGCUGAUGCUAUGGUAAAUAUCCAACAAGACGACACCGCUGCUGAUGUCAUGGGAAGUGACAAAGCCGUUGAUGACGUCAUGGGAGGUGACAAAGCCGUUGAUGACGUCAUGGGAGGUGACAAAGCCGUUGAUGACGACAUGGGAGGUGACAAAGCCGUUGAUGACGUCAUGGGAGGUGACAAAGCCGUUGAUGACGUCAUGGGAGGUGACAAAGCCGUUGAUGACGUCAUGGGAGGUGACAAAGCCGCUGAGAACGUCACGCUGGAGAGGGAGCAGGGGGAGGUGCUAUCUGAGCAGGUGGCAACUCUCCAGCAGGUUGUUCUGGAGCAGCAACGUCUGGUGCAGCAAUGCUCUGUGGAGUGGAGGGAGCAGCAGAAGCAGAUUCAGCAGCAGGUGCGGCUGCUGCAGGUGCAGCAGAAGCAGCAGCAGCAGGCGCUGCAGCAGCAGCAGCAGGCGGAGGAGGAGGAGCAGCAGCGGCUGCAGGAGAUCACCCAGCGGCCGCGGUUCAAACGACCCACGGACUGGGAGAGCGAGUGGGAGCGGAGGAUCGGGAGGACAAGCGCGGGAGCAGGAGGAAUAAGGAGUAGAGGAGAAGGAGGAGGGAGAGCGGAAGGAGGAGUUGGAGGCGGAGCAGGAGGAGGCGGAGGAGGAGUAGGGGGGAGAGGAGGAGACGGAGGAGGGGGGCAGUUGGGGGGACAGGGAGGAGCAGGGGUAGAGGAUGUGGGGCAGGUGCCGAGUCACAUGUACAUGCAGCAGCACCUGCUGCUACCGGGGCAGAUGCAGCUGCUGGAGGAGCUGGGGGAGGAGGGCACGGAAGCCACGUGGGAGAACCCUCUAGAGGAGGCAAUGGCGUCCAUGUUACUUCACCCAGACGCAGAUUCAGAGGCAGCGUUGCAGCAGCAUCUGGCGCUCUUCUUUUCCUUAAAGGACACCAUCACUAAGAAAGAGGCCCGUGCGAUCGCCACUGCAGCUGCCACCUCCUCCUCUCAUGUGCGGGAAGUUUUCGGUUCCUUCCGCUCUCAUAUACGCUCCCUGCUCCAGUCAUUACCCACCACGUGUCCCGCACCGCAGCACACACCAACCACCACAGCCACCAUCAAUAACAGCACCACCAACAACAGUCCCUGCAUCAACCCCACCAGCAGCAGCGCCUCCCCAGCAGCGGCUCAUCUCCCUGUCUCACAAUCAGCAUCUCUCCGCCUCUCCCAAUCCCCAGACACACCCAAGCACCUUGCUCCCAAACCCACUGCUGCCUCUCUUUCCCUCUCCCAAACACCUGGUCAAACCCCACUUUUGGUCACCAGCGCUGGCGCCAAUGGUGGCAGUGCAAUCAGUGCAGCAGCCUCUAGCAAACCAUCUGCACCACACCCGCACCCCUCGUCCCCAUUGCCCCACACAACCACUCCUCACCCCCCUGUAUCAGGAUCGAAAUCCAACCCUGCCUCUAAAACCCCCGUGGCAAAACCCCUCUCCCACAAAUCCCCAGCAACCCCCGCAGCCCCAGCGUUUAAACUCCCAGCAGCGCCCCUCUCUACUGCAUCCCACCUGCCGGCCUCCCACCUUCCUGCAUCGCACCCUCCUGCAUCUCACCCCCCUCGCACACGGGCGGCUCUGGUGGCAAAGCGGCGAUCAUCCAUGCAGGGGGGAAAGGAGAUCUCAGAGUCGACCCAGAAUAAGGAAGCACCAGGGGAACGCGAGACAGGGGAGGAGGAGCGAGCGGCGGAGGUGGAAGAGAGGCCGAGAGAAGCUGACCUAGAUGUGCUUUUAUCUGAUGCUGAACGCGCUCUUUCCUUCUCUGCUGGCCCGGCUGCCAACACCCCCUCCUCCUCGUCUCGCUCUGCUCUAUCCUCGACUCCUUGGUGGGAGGGGCUGGAAGAGAAAGCGGCAGCAGCGGCACGAGAGGCAGAGGCUGAGGAAGCGAGCGCAGCAGCAGCAGCAGCAGCAGCAGCAGCAGCAGGAGGAGGAGGGAAAUCAGGGAUUCGUGGUUCUUUUUUGUCCUCUUCGUCUUCUACUGCUGCUGCUGCGGCUGCAGCGGCUGCUGCAGCAGAUGCCUUACCCAGCAGUGCAUCUGCACGGGCUGGGUGCCAAGUUGCGUCUAUACUGGCCUCUCACCUGCGCCAGAGCACAGGAGGCUUCACCGCACAGCAGGCGUCGCUGCUGCAGCUGCUGCUGGUUCGGCCAGUCUCAAGCCUGCGCAAGUGA